CGCAGUGCACCGCGACCAGUGUGUCCGUUGUAUCGAAGAUAUCUUGGAAGAGGAGUGCCCAAUCUUUCUCCAGAAAAGAAAGAGGGGAGAAAAUUAAUUCACCGCAGCACUCAAAACAUCGAUAUCCGCCGGUCCCGAGAGAGGCUCGCACGCACGAUUUAAAUACAGAUGCACCCCCGUGCCCUCCACGUCCUCGCCCUCGCACUGACUGCCGUCGUAAGGGCAGAUUGCGACGACAAGGUGAGAUGGUAUUCCGGAUUACGGUCGAUGCUGAAAAAUUGCUCGCCGGAGUCCCGGAACAAUUCCGGCCGGGAUGAGAAGUUGCUGGAGAUCUUCAAGGGCUGCGUCCAGCAGAGGAUCGCCGACACCCUAGACGUCUUCCUCGACGACGACGUCAUCCCGAUAAUCGAGGGCCUCGACUUGAUACGAUUUCGUCCAACCGCCAAAAACAGUACGGAAUCCAAAUCUACAGGAGAGAGCGCCGGCUGGUCGGCGAUUAUUUGGAAUCGAUUGGCUCGCGUAUUGCGGACUCACGCUUUCAAAGUCGACGUCGAACGCAUGUUUAGCAUCGCAGCCUCCUCGUCCGAUCUUGAGUCCAACAGUAAUGUCGUCCAAAGUCGAAGACGUCACCGACAUCGACACCGUCACCGUCAUCACAUGCUGCCGCUGAUGAUGAUAGGCCUGCUACUGAUGGGUUCGAUCCUAGUACCGAUGGGCUUCCAGUUUCUCGCGGUGCUGGGCGGCAAGGCAUUGAUCCUCGCCAAAAUGGCCCUGAUAUUGUCCAGCAUACAGGGCCUAAAAAAGAUAGCCACGAGCGGCGUCGGUUAUGGAUUGUACCACGUUCAUGACAGGAGCUCUCAGGUGCUCCCCCAAGAAAAUGAGAAUCAGUUAUUCGUGCCUCCGCAUCUUUAGUUCUUUUCUCGUCAAGUAAGAGAGUAGUAGAUAUACAAAUUAUUCAAGGAGAAGUAUUCUUCCAACGCGUUAUUGUACCUUCGAUAAAAAUGAAGGAGACAAAUCAGCCAUUGCGCACAGUCGGCAUUACUUUCUGAUAAUUCUGAAUUAUUCAUUGGCGAAGGGUCCUUGAAUUUUAUUAAUAAUCACGUACACGCGAAUCUCUCGUGACCUUUAUUUUUUCUCCGUCAAUAUUUUACUAUCGCCGCCCAGCAAAUUAUCCAAUUAAGCAAAAGUAUUUUCUCUAAAAUCUUGUUUGUUGAUGAUGACAUUAAACAUAUUGAAAAGUUCAAAAUAAUUUGUCCGAUUUCAAAUGACUAUAUAUUUUUGAAUCUUAUAAUACACAGUAAGGUAUCGACCAAAAAAAAAACUUUUGUCUCUUAUCUUUUAUACAUUAGAAUCUUUAAUACUCCCCUUCCUAAAAAGAAAAGGUGAUAAGUGAUAAUAAAAUAUAUUACUACUAAAAAAUUACAUUCUAUUCAUUAAACUUAUUUUGUCAAUAAUAUUUUAAUAAAUUAUAAGGGAGGAUUAAAACUUCCUCAGAGCUGAGUCCUUAAUAUAAUAUACGUUAAGGACAUCAAGGAAAUCUGUAGAAUCCUUAUAAUUACCACUUUUUUCUUUUGGGGAUUAAGAGAAUAUGGUUAUAAGGUGAGAGACAAAACUUGGACAAUUUUUCUUCUUUGAUUGAUGUAUUUUGUUAAUUCACUAAUCAUUUAUAAACCGUAAAAAUAAAUAAGUCAUUUGAAAUGAGAUUAAUUAUUUUGAGUAAUCUUUUAUAUUAGGAUAUAUAGUUAUGUAUCGCCGAGAUAGAUUUCGAGAAUAUAGAUUAGACGAUAAAAUGUUUUCUUUUUUUUAAUUUGAAUAUUAAUAAAGCAUUAAUAUUGCUUGUGAUUUUAAUUGCUAUUCUGAAUUUGACAAACUGACGCGAGUACGAAACUGACAAUCAAGGAAUCUCGUAAACCUGAAAAAUCUGAUUUUGAUGAAACUUUAUAUAUCAAGAGACACGGUAGUGUCUCGCGACCAGUUAAGGGCGUA